UAUGUGAUGUAAACAGCUUGAUAUGUCGUAUGUUCAUGUAAGGCAUAGAGGGGAGAAUAGAUGAAAAGAUGAGCAGAUAAAAGAGGAAGUUAAUUAGAUUUUGUGCGACAUUUUAAUCAUUUAUGUGUGUCAAGUAUGAGCUCAUUUGUUUCUUAGUGAUGCCUUUAAUUUUUUUUUAGUCCAAAGGAAGCAGAAGAUGAAACAAAUGCAACCAGUAUCAAUAACCAGCCCACCCACUGUGUGUGUGUGUGUUUGUGUGUGUGUGUGUUUUAGUGUGUGUUUGUGUGUGUGGGGGUGGUGACGGGUUGCAUUUUGCCUCCUCCUGUCAGACUAAAGUGCUCCAUGAAACAGUCGUCACAGAGGGAGAGGGCGAUCGAGGUAGAGAGUGUAUGGCAGAGAGAGAGAGGGGAGGGAGGGGUGAGUUGGACUGCGAGGUGGGAGAGAGAGAGAGAGAGAGAGAGCGGCAGAGCGAGGGAGGAAUCGGUGGUACCUAGAGGGAGCGGCAGAGAGGAGGAGCAGCUGCUGUAUUAUGUAUCACUGAGCCGUCGAGCGCCGGCGACCGCCAGCAGACGCCGAAACAGACGAGUGCUGCCGGGGGCGACGGAGGGGCGAGGCUGCUGCGGUAUGCAGGCGGUUACCAUGGCGCAGCCGUCUCUGAGCGCAUCGCCCGGCGUCCGUCGCCGUAGCGAUGGCUCGGUAAGAGAGUGUCUGUUCUUCCCUGUCUCCGAACGCAACGAGCAGGAGAGGCUGGAGGCCCUGGUUCGCCGGAGAGGAGGGGGCGCUGAGAGACGAGGAGGAGGAGGAGCAGGAGGAGGAGGAGGAGGAGGAGGGGAGGACCAGGACCACCUGGAUCACAGGCCCAAACGGUGGACGUGGGGAGGACCGCCUGAUGGAGUGGAGGGUAACCCUAAGACCCCGCCCUGCCAUGCCAUUGGCUCCGCUCAGCCCAAUGAGCUUCCUGCUGCUUCCAGUGCCAGCCAAUCCCGUAACGUCGCUGACUUCUUGUCUCCGCCCACGAUGGAUCAGCCAAUCAACAAGCAGCUUUCCAACUCUUCAGCCGCCCUGCACUCGCCAGAGAGAGUGUCUUUUGUGUCCCAACGAAUAGCUUCCCCCAGCAACCACAGACCGUACAGGAGUUCCUCCAACCGCAGGAGCAUCGCUGGGUUCCCCGAAGAGACGUCCAGGGCCAGAACGCCCACGGGGGAGUCUCCCAGCACACCGGUCCGUAGUUCUUCCUUCAGGGCCAACAGCAAGGGCCCGGCCACACCCAAACGGGUGAGGUCCAACAGGAGUCGGGCCCAGUCUCCAUGCUCGCCGGGUCAGUACCCUCCAUCCCCGCUCCGGCAGAGAGCCACCACCCCCGACGACAGGGGCCACGCCGACCCCAAAGGACACGGCACCCUGGAGAGGAAAGCCAACAAAUGUGAGGGCUCUGAGAAGAAGAUCCCCAAAUCCACCAGCAGAGAACUGAACGCAGAGUCUCCAGGAACGCCCACCGGCCGGAGCGUCGGCGGGACGAUGGAUGCCGAGGAGGCGUCCAGACUGCUGGCGGAGAGACGCCGUCUGGCCCGAAUACAGAAGGAGCAGGAGGAGAGGCAACGGCAGGAGGAGGAGAGGCUGAGGGCCGAGGAGGAGCAGAGGAGGCUGCAGGAGGCCAGAGAGAGGCAGGAGAGGGCAGCUCGACAGGCCGAGGAGGAGAGAGCGAGACGAGAGGAGGAGAGGAGGACCAAGGAGGAGGAGGAGAGACGGCAGAAGGAGCAGAGGUGGAAGGACAUGCAGGACCAGCUGGACAGAGAGCGGGAGGAGGCCUUCCUGCGAGCCCAGAAGGAGGCGGAGAGGAAGAGGCAGGAGAGGGAGCUGCUGCACAUCCAGGAGGAGCAGGAGAGGCAGCAGAGGAAGAAGAGAAUUGAGGAGAUCAUGAAGAGAACAAGGAAGAGUGAAGUGGAGCCUCCAUCUGCUGCUUCAGCGUCUGAGGGUCGAGCCGAAGCCGCCGUCGCCUCCGAGGACGACGCUCCGACUCCGGCCGAAGCUCCCGCCAUCACGCUGGGACCCCUGGAGAGUAAGAGCUGCGUGGACGAGCUGUCUGACGGAGUCCAGUCCAUGGACGUCAGUUCUCCAUCUGUGUCCAUCAGUCCGGUGUCCAGGGACGAGCAGGCGAGCGCUCAGGAGUUCUCGCCGGUCACCGAGGGAACGGACGGCUGCCCCCUGGAGCACCUGAUGGACCUGGACGCCCCCGGGAGAGGGCAGCGGUCCGGAGCAGAGACGCCCCCUUACCCCAGGCUGCAGGCCGGCAGCGGGGUGGGAGACCUCAACAAGAACCUGCUGAUCCAAGCGUACAACGCCGCCUCCGAGUCGUCCCAGCUCAUCCACAGCAUCGGGCCGAGCAAGCUGGACGUCCAGUAGCCAGGACCUUUUUCAGGAGCUGGCAGGUAACAAAAAAAACAGGAGCCAGGAGAAACACCACGAGAACAUCGCCUCCAUCUGCAACGACGACGAUCACGUCCACGAGGAAGGACCGCCCAACACCUGAUUUCUCAUCUGUAUUAUCAAACCACACUCACACAUAACUGUUAACGCUUCUGGCCACACUUUGAGGCAGUGCAGACGGGCAAUUUGGACAAAACGGUACGAAUAAUGAAGCGAUUAUGUGACACAGGAGAGGGAUAAACUUUCUUGCAUGUGAAAGAAUUUGUCUAGCAGGACGACCACCAGGAGCGCUGCUGAUGUGAGCUCAUGACGUGUGCAUCGCUUUCUUAUCUCUCCUCUGAACGCUCUGAGGAUUCACCACGUCUUCAUCUCUCUUCUUCCGCUCUUAGAACCAGUUACCGCUCAUCGAUGCGUCAAAUAAUCGGGACUGCGUGAGCUUGUUUGACUUGAAUGUAACGGACGUUUAUUUAUAUGUAAAAGUCCCCGACAGAUGACUUUGUUCACGCCAUAAAAACUGUGUUGAAGCUAAAAAAUGCCACUAUUUCCCAGCUGCACUGCCUCAAAGCGUCAUCUGCUGCCGUCUCUCGCCCCUGCUUCUGAAAAACUCUGUAAAUAGAUGCGACCGGGCGGUGGCGACAGGGAGCAGCUCUGUAGCAGCAAAUCCAAACGAGAGCCGCCACCCACGACUGUCGCGUGAACCCUGCGUAGCAUCUCCGGUCAGCUAGUCGAGCCGUGUACUGGUUGUAGCUGUGUACUCCAGCAGUCCUGUCAGUGGUGGUUCCUGUGUGUUUAUCCCACCGUAAUCUGGAUUUAAAACCCGGUCUGCUGUAGAUUUCCUGUCAUCCAGACGCCACAGAGCAUCGACGGCUGAUAUUAUAAGCCCACUGUCGAGCCGUAGCCUUUAGCUUUGGUUCCUCUGCUGCUCGUUGCUCCAUCAGUGGACGUUUUGGGGCGUUGCAGCAGGAUAUUAACCCUCCUGUCGUCCUGCGGGUCAAAAUUGGCCCGUUUUAAAGUUUGAAAAUGUGGAGAAAAAAUAUGUCUACAUUUUCAACAUUUGUGGUAAAUUUUUGAAAAUUUUUUGGUGGAAAAAAGAAAAUGUUAAAAAUGUUCCUUUAGAACAUCCACAAGAAAAUCAACCAUUGAUUUUUAUGCAAAUGUCCAAGAUGAUUCAGAAAUGAUCCGAAUGAUUCAAAAUGUGUCCAAAAUUUUCCAGAAACGAUCUAAAAUAACGAAAAUUUGUUCAGAAUGACGUGAGCGUAUUCUAAAAUGACUGGAAAAUAAUCCAAAAUCAGUCAGAAUUCCUCUCAGAUGAUUAAAAAUGAUCCAGAAUGGCUGAAAAAUUGCAUAAUGAUGCUAAAUAUGUCCAAAAUGAAUUGAAAAUGAUCCAAAAUGUGUCCAGAAUGAAAUGAAAAUAAUCCAAAAUUGCAGAAAAAUUGUCCAGAAAUGAUUCAAACAGCAAAAAUAUGUUCAGAAUGAUAUGAAAAUAAUCUGAAACGACUGGAAAAUGAUCCAAAAUCAGUCAGAAUUUCUCUCAAAUUAUCAAAAAUGACUGAAAACUUGCAGAAUGAAAGUUUUAUUUUGAAAAUAUCCUCCAAAUUUGACAAGAAAAUUCUGGUCAAUAUUUUUAAAAAAUGAGUAAAAAUCUUUCCAAAAAAAUCAACCAAAGUCCUGCAAAAUUUUCUGGGUUUUGAUUGAUUUUUUUUUGUGAAUCUCCUCAAAAAAAAUAUCAGAAGUUUGACUGAUGUAUAUGGAAUCGCUUUAGAUAUUUUUAGGAUUUUUUUUUGAAGAUUUUUACUCAUUUUUUGAAAAUAUUUACAAGAAUUUUCUUGUCAAAUGUGGGGGAUUUUAAAAUAAAAAAUAAAGCUUUAAAGGAUAUAUAUUGGAAUUUUCUUCCUGAAAGUUUUGCAAAUUUUCAGAAAUUUGAGGAUUUUUUUUGCUUAAUUUUUGGAUCUUUUUCAGACAUGGAAACAAUAUUUUUGCUGCCCGUAAAUGAGGACAACAGGAGGGUUAAAUAACCUUUUGGGGGGUAAAAGGGUAAAAAAAUCCCACAAAAUGUCGUGUGUUUUUAUCGGGGGAAACGGUGUGUUGUGUGUUUGUCUGGCACUGACUGUAACCACGCAAGCUGCAGUUUAUAAGUAGUCGUGUGUUUCACCGCUCCGCCUCGCCUCAUUCUGUUUAAAUAUACCUCACCGAUUGGAAACGGACUGCGGCGUUUUAACAACUCAUCACCUCUGAGGCCUUAAACCUCUGCAGUGUUUCCCUCCAGCAGCCGUCCUCCGUGCUUCACCCUCCAGCAUGUGCACUUUCCUCUCCGUUUAAAGGGACGACAUGAAUAAAAACGACAAAGAAGAGGGAAAAAUGGCAAUUGAUGUGAUGGACCCGCCCUCUGUCCUGCUGCCAAAGACCCUCAGGGGCUUCAAAAACCGGAUUCCAGGAAUGCUGAGGUUGUAAAUUUACACCCAAAACGACACCAACGCCUGCCACCAACCAAACUCUGCACAAGAGUCUGAUAAUUUAAAAAAAAUCACUUUAUACUCAACUAUUAAGUAAAUUAAUCUGGUGGAGAAUAGUAAAUUCACACCCCAGAAGAACCCGACACGCCUGCCACCAACCAAACUCUGCACAUUUUUCUGGUAAUUUCAGGUAAAACUGCAUUUAAUUAUUCAACAUCUGAGCAGAUUUAAUCUUUCUGCAUUACUGCAUUUUCUAACAGAUGUUUUAUUCCAGUGGAAAAUCACAUUAUAUUUAACUUUUAGGUAAAUUAAUCUGAUGGAGAAUAGUAAAUUAGCCUUUAAAAGCCUUUAAAAACUCAACGAUUUCAGACAUAAUAAACGCCACUUAUCUGAUAUUUAUAACACAUUUUCACCUCCAUUCAUUCAUCUUUAAGUCUGUAAAUCAUUAAUGUGCCAUCAGAUGUGAUUUUUGGUUAGAAAUAAACACUUUAGACUCCCCAUGAAUCAGUUAGAACUAAACAUGUCAAACUAAAUUAACAAAAAGAAUGAAAAGUUGUCUUUUUACUCAACUUCCACUGAGAGGAGGAAAAAAAACUUCACAUUUGCUUCGGUAUUGUCGCGAAAUGCUGUUUUUGUGCAACUCGAGGUCAUCAUGAAUGCGCAACAAAAGAAAACCACAUAAACCACAGAUGAAAACUGAGUUAUUUAGCUAAAAAUAAACUUAUUAGAUGCCAUUUGUAACCUUCCACAUUCCCAGAAAUCUCACUGAAUCUCCGAUCUGUUGAGCCGACAGGACACGGUGGUGGUUUUGGUGGGUUCAAUCCUCAAAAACUGGAUCCAGGUUCUUGUUAGACUUUGCUGUUGUGUCGCUGCUCGUCCUAAAUGCCACGCCGAGGGAAUAAAGCGGUCACUGCUGCGACCUACAGCCAGUUGGUUUCCAUCAUCUCGCUCCCGGUCGGCUCCCUUCUCUCCCCUCCGUUAGCUCGUUAAUCCUCCAGGUUCUGCUGAAGCUCCACCUUUCAGAGGGUCUCCUGGGGUCCCCCUUGUAUAUGAAAAUAAAGGACAUAGCGUUUAUCCUACUAUUACUCUGUGACACUGCAGCUUGGUGGAAUAUAUCAUUGUAGACGUGGUGCAUGGGUAACUGCUGAAAAACGAAACAAUAAAACUUCAUCAAGCCAUUUGUGUCAGUGAGCUGGGUAAAUCUAACCAAGGAGAGGAACCAGCCAAGAUUCUAGAGUCCGUACGAGAUGUUUUACUCUUUCACAACAAGUCUAGUGUAGGGCUUUAAUGCAGCCACUUUUAUUUAUCAUUAUAUCUCACUGUGUGUUGACUUUAUGCUGCACUGAAAUUAAAACUGAUCUGCAAACAUCA